CUAGAGCAGUGCACGUUGACGCGCAUCUCAGACGGAUUUUUUUGUCAUUCAUUCUUCGUCCAGUUGAACGGGAGAGAGGGACGAACCGCGAAAGAGAGCACCUGGAGCAGGGAUGCAAUAAACCGCUAGCUACAGCUACUGACGUACAACGGACCUCAUUCAGUGCGCGUUGAGGCACCUAGCUAACAAGUCGCUUUAUUUUCGCAGGAAUUCACCGAACUAGCUAGCUCCAUCUAACUAGAUAACGAAUGUUAGCUAGAUAUCUAGCUAGCCACACCGUUUCGUAACAUGCAGUGCUGCACUAGUCGCGUCAAAAAGAGACACGAGGAUACGGAUUUAGCAUAAAGGCAUCUUUGAGUCAGUUUUUGUUUACGUGUCGAUGCAUUUUAUUUUUUAUAUAGAAGAAUUACAGAAAAAUAUUGCGAGAGACGUUUAUAAAAUAUUUUGGGUCUCUACCAGCAGCGCUAGCUUGUGAGCUAGCAGGAUAACUACAGAAGACCCGAUACUCCUGCAAGAACGAAGGGUCGGUAGCGCUCUAGGCAGCUAGCACUAACUAGCUAACCAAAAAGGUUGGAUGGUUGGCCCCCUGCCCCCGUCAGCAUGAGCGCCAUCUCCCCCACCGACUUCGACAGCCUGGAGAUCCAGCAGCAGUACAACGACAUCAACAACCGCUGGGACCUGGCGGCCGAGACGGACUGGGACAACGAGAACAGCUCCGCCCGCCUCUUCGAGCGCUCCCGCAUCAAGGCCCUCGCCGAUGAGCGCGAGGCGGUGCAGAAGAAGACCUUCACCAAGUGGGUGAACUCGCACCUGGCGCGGGUGACCUGCCGCAUCGGGGACCUGUACGGCGACCUGCGCGAUGGACGCAUGCUCAUCCGCCUGCUGGAGGUGCUGUCCGGGGAGCAGCUGCCGAGGCCCACCAAGGGGCGCAUGCGCAUCCACUGCCUGGAGAACGUGGACAAGGCCCUGCAGUUCCUCAAGGAGCAGAAAGUCCACCUGGAGAACAUGGGCUCCCACGACAUCGUCGACGGCAACCACCGCCUCACCCUGGGCCUCAUCUGGACCAUCAUCCUGCGCUUCCAGAUCCAGGACAUCAGCGUGGAGACGGAGGACAACAAGGAGAGGAAGUCGGCCAAAGAUGCUCUGCUCCUGUGGUGCCAGAUGAAGACCGCUGGGUACCCCAACGUGAACGUCCACAACUUCACCACCAGCUGGCGAGAUGGCCUGGCGUUCAACGCCAUCGUCCACAAGCACAGGCCCGACGUGAUCGACUUUGACACCCUGAAGAAGUCCAAUGCGCACUACAACCUGCAGAACGCCUUCAACGUGGCUGAGAAGGAGCUGGGCCUCACCAAGCUGCUGGACCCGGAAGAUGUCAAUGUCGACCAGCCGGACGAAAAGUCCAUCAUCACCUACGUGGCCACCUACUACCACUACUUCUCCAAGAUGAAGGCCCUGGCUGUGGAGGGCAAGAGGAUUGGCAAGGUGCUGGACUACGCCAUUGAGGCGGACCAGCUGAUUGAGAAGUACGAGACCCUGGCGUCGGAGCUGCUGCAGUGGAUCGAGCAGACCAUCGGCACCCUGAACGACCGGCAGCUGGCCAACUCCCUGAGCGGCGUGCAGAACCAGCUGCAGGCCUUCAACACCUACCGCACCGUGGAGAAGCCGCCCAAGUUCACUGAGAAGGGCAACCUGGAGGUCCUGCUCUUCACCAUCCAGAGCAAAAUGAGAGCCAACAACCAGAAGGUGUACAUGCCCAGAGAGGGCAAGCUCAUCUCCGACAUCAACAAGGCCUGGGAGCGCCUGGAGAAGGCGGAGCACGAGCGGGAGCUGGCCCUGCGCAACGAGCUGAUUCGCCAGGAGAAGCUGGAGAUGCUGGCGGCUCGCUUCGACCGCAAGGCCGCCAUGAGGGAGACGUGGCUGAGCGAGAACCAGCGGCUCGUCUCUCAGGACAACUUCGGCCUGGACCUGGGGGCGGUGGAGGCGGCGACGCGGAAGCACGAGGCCAUCGAGACGGACAUCGGGGCGUACGGGGAGCGCGUGGCGGCCGUGGAGGCGGUGGCGCGCGAGCUGGAGGCGGAGCGCUACCACGACGUGCGGCGGGUCCUGGUGCGCCGCGACAACGUGCUGCGGCUCUGGGAGUACCUGAAGGAGCUGCUCGCCUCCCGCAGGGAGAGGCUGGCCGCCCACAGGGACCUGCAGCGCCUCCUGCAGGAGAUGACCUACAUCAUGGACUGGAUGGGAGACAUGAAGGGGCGUCUGCAGUCCCAGGACAGCGGGAAGCACCUGUACCACGUGGAGGACCUGCUGCAGACCCACACGCUGGUGGAGGCCGACAUCUCCGCCCAGGCCGACCGGGUCCGGGCCGUGCAGUCCUCCGCGCAGCGCUUCACCGACCCGGAGCAGACCUACAUGCCCUGUGAGCCGGGCCUGGUGAGCGAGAAGGUGUCCCAGCUGGGGCAGGCCUACGAGGAGCUGGGCCAGCUGGCGGUGCAGCGGCGGGCGCGGCUGGAGGACUCGCGCCGCCUCUGGCACCUCCUGUGGGAGCUGGGCGAGGAGGCGGCCUGGAUCCGCGAGCAGGAGCAGAUCCUGGCGAGCGACGAGCGCGGGCGCGACCUCACCUCCGCCCUGCACCUGCUCAGCAAGCACGAGGCCUUCCGCGAGGAGAUGGCCGCCCGCUACACGCCGCUCAGCAACAGCAUCGCCAUCGGCGAGGCCCUGGUGCAGGAGGGGCACUUCGGCGCCCCCGAGAUCACCAAGAGGGUGGCGGACGUCCGGGCGCAGUGGGCACAUCUGGAGGAGACAUCCCAGCUGAGGGAGCAGCGGCUGAGGGAGGCCGUCGCCCUCCACCAGUUCCAGACAGACGCCAACGACAUGGAGGCCUGGAUCAUGGAGGCGCUGCAGAGGGUGUCGAGCCCGGAGGUGGGGCACGACGAGUUCUCCACCCAGACCCUGGUCCGCAAGCAGCGCGAGGUGGAGGAGGAGAUCCAGAGCCACCGCUCCCUCAUCGACUCCCUGCACGAGCAGGCCCAGGCCCUGCCCCCCGACUACGUCCAGUCCCCGGAGGUGGAGGGGCGUCUUCCCGCCAUCGAGCAGCGCUACGAGGAGCUGGUGUCCCUGUCGGCGGCCCGGCGCCAGGCCCUGGAGGGGGCGCUGGCUCUCUACCACAUGUUCAGCGAGGCCGACGCCUGCCAGCUGUGGGUGGAGGAGAAGGAGCAGUGGCUGGACACCAUGGAGAUCCCCAGCAAGCUGGAGGACCUGGAGGUGGUGCAGCAGAGGUUUGAGACGCUGGAAACGGAGAUGAAUAACCUGGCCACUCGCAUCGCUGACGUGAACCAGGUGGCCGAACAGCUGCUCAGCACUGACCAUCGCAGCAAAGACCAGAUCCACCAGACCCAGGAUCAGCUCAACGCCCGGUGGAAGGAGUUCCAGGAUUUGGCCAAUAAGAGGAAGCACGCCCUGGAGUCGGCGCUCAAUUUCCAGAACUACCGCCUGGAGUGCAACGAGAUCCAGACGUGGAUGAAGGAGAAGACCAAGGUGAUCGAGUCCACCCAGAGCCUGGGCAACGACCUGGCCGGGGUCACGGCCCUGCAGCGCAAGCUAACCGGCAUGGAGCGCGACCUGGAGGCCAUUCAGGGCAAGCUGGACGACUUGCGUCAGGAGGCAGAGAAGUUGACCAAGGAGCACCCGGACCAGGCGGACGAGAUCCAGGCCCGGCUGGCGGAGAUCCAGGAGGUGUGGGAGGAGCUGACGGCCACCAUGAAGCGGCGGGAGGACAGCCUGGGCGAGGCCAGCAAGCUGCAGGGCUUCCUGCGGGACCUGGACGGCUUCCAGUCCUGGCUGUCGCGCACCACCACGGCCGUGGCCUCCGAGGACACGCCCACCUCGCUGGAGGAGGCCGAGAAGCUGCUCAGGCAGCAUGAGGCCAUCAAGACCGAGGUGGACAACUACAAGGAGGACUACGAGAAGAUGCGGGCGGUGGGCGAGGAGGUGACCCAGGGCCAGACGGACGCCCAGCACAUGUUCCUGGCGCAGAGGCUGCAGGCGCUGGACACGGGCUGGCACGAGCUGCGCCGCAUGUGGGAGAACCGCCACAGCCUGCUGGCCCAGGCCUGCAACUUCCAGACCUUCCUGCGCGACGCCAAGCAGGCUGAGGGCUUCCUCAACAGCCAGGAGUACAUCCUGUCCCACACAGAGAUGCCCUCCAGCCUGCAGGGCGCUGAGGCCGCCAUCAAGAAGCACGACGACUUCCUCACCACCAUGGAGGCCAACGAGGACAAGAUCGUGGGUGUGGUGGAGACGGGGCGCCGCCUGGUGGACGACAACAACACCAACGCCGACAAGAUCCAGGAGAAGACCGACUCCAUCCAGGAGAGACACCAGAAGAACAAAGAGGCCGCCCGCGAACUCCUGGCGAAGCUGAAAGACAACCGCGAGCUCCAGAGCUUCUUACAGGACGGACAGGAGCUGAGCCUGUGGAUCGACGAGAAGAUGCUGACGGCCCAGGACAUGUCGUACGACGAGGCCAGGAACCUCCACAGCAAGUGGCAGAAGCACCAGGCCUUCAUGGCCGAGCUGGCCUCCAACAAGGACUGGCUGGACAAGAUUCACACGGAGGGCGAGGCGCUGGUCAGGGAGAAGCCGGAGCUGGAGCCCGUGGUGACGCAGACGCUGGAGGGCCUGAAGAAGCGGUGGGAGGAGCUGGAGGCCACCACCCAGACCAAGGCGCAGUGCCUGUUCGACGCCAACAGGGCGGAGCUGUUCACCCAGAGCUGCUCGGCUCUGGACACCUGGGUCAACAACCUGUCCUCCCAGCUGCAGAGCGACGACUACGGCAAGGACCUGACCAGCGUCAACAUCCUGCUCAAGAAGCACCAGAUGCUGGAGCACCAGAUGGAGGUGCGUGAGAAGGAGGUGCAGGCGCUCCAGUCCCAGGCCCUGGCCCUCUCGCAGGAGGACACAGGGCUGGAGGAGGUGGACAGCCAGCAGAAGAAGAUGGCCGACAGCUUCUCCCACCUCCUGGAGCCCCUCCGGCAGAGGCGGCAGUUCCUGCUCGCCUCCAAGGAGGCGCACCAGUUCAACCGCGACCUGGAGGACGAGAUCCUGUGGGUGAAGGAGAGGAUGCCGCUGGCCUCCUCCUCCGAUCACGGCAAGGACCUGCCCAGCGUUCAGCUGCUCAUCAAGAAGAACCAGACCCUGCAGAAGGAGAUCCAGGGCCACCAGCCCCGCAUCGACGACAUCCUGGCCCACGGCCGCUCCAUGGCCCCGGAGCAGACGGGCCGGGAGGAGGAGGCGGAGCCGGGGGCGGAGCCGGGGCAGCAGGGCCGGCUGGCCGAGCUGCGGGAGUCCUGGGCCCGGCUCAUCGACGAGACGGACAAGCGGCACGCCCGCCUGGUGGACGCCAACCGCGCGCAGCAGUUCUACGCCGACGUGGCCGAGGCCGAGGCCUGGAUGGGCGAGCAGGAGCUGCACAUGAUGUCGGAGGAGAAGGCCAAGGAUGAGCAGAGCGCCUUGGCGAUGGUGAAGAAGCACCAGAUUGUGGAGCAGGCCCUGGAGGACUACGCCCAGACCAUCCACCAGCUGGCCAACAGCAGCCGGCUCAUGGUGACGGGCGAGCACCCGGAGAGUGAGCGGAUCACUCUACGGCAAGCCCAGGUGGACAAGCUGUACGCGGGGCUGAAGGACCUGGCGGAGGAGCGGCGGGGCCGUCUGCAGGAGCGGCUGCGCCUCACGCAGCUCAAGAGGGAGGUGGACGACCUGGAGCAGUGGAUCGCUGAGAGGGAGGUGGUGGCCGGGUCCCACGAGCUGGGCCAGGACUACGAGCACGUCACGAUGCUGCGGGACAAGUUCCGGGAGUUUGCGCGGGACACCAGCGCGAUCGGGCAGGAGCGCGUGGACGGGGUGAACGCGCUGGCGGACGACCUGAUCGAGUCGGGCCACCCGGAGAACGCCAGCGUGGCGGAGUGGAAGGACGGGCUGAACGACUCCUGGGCCGACCUGCUGGAGCUGAUGGACACGCGCACGCAGAUGCUGGCCGCCUCCUACGAGCUGCACCGCUUCCACCAGGACGCGCGGGAGACGCUGGGCCGCGUGCGCGAGAAGACCGACGGGCUGCCCGCCGACCUGGGCCGCGACCUCAACUCCGUGCAGCACCUGCACCGCCAGCACACCGCCUACGAGCACGACAUCCAGGCCCUCAGCGGGCAGGUGCGGCAGGUGCAGGAGGACGCGGCGCGGCUGCAGAAGGCCUACGCCGGGGAGAAGGCCGACGACAUCCAGAAGCACGAGCGCGCCGUGGUGGAGGCCUGGGAGGCCCUGCUGGCCGCCGGACAGUCUCGCCGGCUCCUCCUGCUGGACACCGUGGAGAAGUUCCGCUUCUUCAACAUGGUGCGCGACCUCAUGCUGUGGAUGGACGGGGUCAACCUGCAGAUCGACGCCCACGACAGCCCCAGGGACGUGUCGUCGGCCGGACUGGUCAUCGCCAACCACCAGGACAUAAAGUCCGAGAUCGAGGCCCGAGACGACAGCUUCACCGCCUGCAACAGCAUGGGCAACACGCUGAUCGAGAACAACCACUACGCUGCGGACGAGAUCCGGGAAAAGCUGGACCAGCUGCAGGCCAAAAGGGACGAGAUCAACAAGAAGUGGCAAGACAAGAUGGAGCACCUGCAGAUCUUGCUGGAGGUGCUGCAGUUCGGGCGGGACGCCUCCCUGGCCGAGUCCUGGCUGGCGGGGCACGAGCCGCUGGUCCGGGCGGCGGAGCUGGGCGCCAACGUGGACGAGGUGGAGAACCUGAUCAAGCGGCACGAGGCCUUCGAGAAGAUCGCGGCCAGCUGGGACGAGCGCUUCUCCCUGCUGGAGAAACUGACCACGCUGGAGGAGCAGGAGCUCCAGAGGCAGAGGGAGGAAGAGGAGAAGGCGCGGCGGCCCCCCACACCCCCGCCGGCUGAGGAGGUGGUACAGUCCGAAUUGGAGAGCCUGGCACACGAGUCUGCAGCCAGAACCAGUCUGGACCAGACCACGCUGAACCAGUCCGUGUCCGUGAACGGCGUCCACAGCGAUCAGGACACCUCGCAGUCAGUGUCUGUGGCCAAGACACCUGACCCUAAAGCACUGUCGCCGGAGCCUGGAUCCGAACCCGAGUCCGUCAACGGUCCCGCUGUGGAAGGCGCGCCCGCCGGGGACGCCCAGACGACGGCGUCGCGCCCGGACCCCUCCGCCACGCUGCCCAUCAAGGGCAGCCCCGAGAUGCCAGUGCCCGCGGCCAUCGAGGGCCUGCUCUGCCGCAAGCAGGAGAUGGAGGCUCACGGCAAGAAGGCAGCCAGCAGGUCCUGGCAGAACGUGUACUGCGUCGUUCGCAAGGGAAGCCUGGGCUUCUACAAGGACAGCAAGGGCGCGAUCAGCGGCAUCCCCUACCACGGCGAGGUGCCCAUCGGCCUGGCCGACGCCACCUGCGAGGUCGCCAACGACUACAAGAAGAGGAAACACGUCUUCAAGCUCCAGCUGAACGAUGGGAAGGAGUACCUCUUCCAAGCAAAAGAUGAGGCUGAAAUGAGCUCCUGGAUCCAGGCCGUCACCUCGUCCAUCCAGACGGGGGAGGGCGGAGCCGGGAACCAUUCCCCCAUGGGCCCCAAAGUCCUGAGCCGGGCCAUGACCAUGCCCCCCAUCUCCCCCAGCUCCGGGGAGGCCGGGGGGGUGACCAUGCGCAGUAAAGAGGGCAAGGAGGGCAAGGACCGCGAGAAGCGCUUCAGCUUCUUCGGCAAGAAGAAAUAGCCGAGGAGCGCGUUAGCGCUAAAAAAGCUAGCGGACGGACCGAAUCGGGCAGAAAGGAAAAGCAAACGCUCGUCGCAUUAGAACAUCGUCUCUUGAACUUGAUUGUGAGCCGUCUCUCCCGCUCAUCCUCCAGCUCGCCGAAGGCCCCCUCCUCACUCCAUCCAGGCCUGACUAAUCACCAACGCAUUCUUCCUUCUUUCGUUUUUUUUUUGUUUGUUUGUCUGCUGUCGAUUAGCCGGAUUUGAUUGGCCGAGCUGCCGAUGAUGUAUUGAUGAACUGAAACAAACGGAAAGCAAGGAACAGCUGAGCGAGAGAGCUCCAGUCCAGCAGCAAUUAGGAAACUGGACGACAUUUUGGAUCUCUGCUUUCAGGGCCGAGAGCCAGCAGAGCAAGUCCACUUCUGAUCCAUUCCGUGUUUCUUCUGCUCCUAAGUACAGAUUCUUAAGAAACCUGCUCAAACAGUGAGCAGCUAGAGGAACAAGCGCCCGUUCCAAAAGGCGUCGUUCCACUCUAAGGGUGUGCAGAACACCUUAAAUAAAACGGUUCAGAGGAUGAGAUCAGUCUUACGUUCAUUUCUCCUCUCAUUCAUCUCAGUUUUAUGUGAAAUUGCUUGAAGGACCUUAAUUUUAUCCUUUAUUGCUGUUGUUGGUAUUAUUUACUUUACUUGCCAUUUAAUUUUUUUUCUAAAGAUUUUCAAGAAUGUGUAUGUAUACAUAUCUUUGUUACAAAGAAACGAUAAACAUAAAAAACAACUUGGUAAAACUGUUCUUAUGGGACCAUGUUGGUCAUUGAAAUCUUGUUUUUGUUUGGGGUUUUUGUUUGUUUUUUUUUUUUUUUCAAAAUACCCACUCUCAAAUUAUUUUUUUAAGAACAGACUACAUUUGAGGAUCUACAGAAAGUUUGCCAAAAUAGAAAUUAUUUAGUUGGAAAAAUUAUAUAUAAAUUUUUUAAAAAUCUUGAAUCGUAUUUUAUUUUAUUGUUUGGGAUUAAUUUUGUUUUUCUUUUUCCUAAAUGAAAUUCUUCCAGUUUGACUGAGCUUGAGCGUUUGAAGUGGUGCAUUUUGAAACUAUCAUUUUCGGCAACUUUGGAUGCCAGUUCUUCCUAUUCCACGAGGACAAAGGGUGGUGGUUUGGCUAGCUUUGAAGAAGGUUUGGUUUGCGUCUGUAGAGUUUUGAGUUAAACUUCCCUCCUAGAUUUCCUUCAGGCUAAUUUCUGUCUGUUUCUUUCUCUCUAAAGCGUGGCAUUUUUCUUACAGGCUUUGCCAGGGUUUAUAACUGUCAAAAUCAAAAAUGAAAUAAAAGAAUGAAAAAGACAAAAGUGUGAUGAGAGUGGGAUGGAAAGGGGAAAGGGAAGGAUGGAUGGAGGUUUUUUGUUUGGGAAGGUGCAGUUUCAGUUUGCGUAUGCAAAGCUGUUCAGGAUGAUAGGGAUAAUGAUUGGACCCCUAAUUUGGAAAGAUUAACGGUUUGGUAAUGGAUUUGCUCAUAGCUUUGUCCACAAUGUAUUUAUAAAUACAUUGAGUAAAUAUUUUAUUAUGUAUUUAACUCCCAUAUCUGCGAUAUUUGCCCCUAUCCUUUGCUUAUAAUUUUCUCACCGUGGACCAAAUUGGGAACAAAAUUCAUCUUGAAGAUUUCUAAAUUCAGAAAUUCUGAUGUUUUGCUGUUAUUGUGUAGUGUGGGAUUGCUUGGGGUCAUGCAGAGGUCAUUACUGUGUUGUUAGUGCAGUGAACUCGAUAAGCACAUAACGUUACAGUGUACUGUAGGGGUGUGAUGCCAGCAGACUGGCUUCUGGAGAACAGAAGUGAUCGCUGAUCCAUGGUAGCGUGGAGAUUGUAAGCUUGGCCGUCUCUAGUUCAGAUCUUCAGUGCUUAGUGAUGCCCAAGGUGUUCAUAAAUAAUCGGCGAGUGAUGCUUGAUACUGUGGAACCACUCGUUUUAACCUCUUUCCAUUGCCUGGAACACGUAGCACCUGAGGGAGAGGUGGUAUCACAAAUGUAAAUGUUAGAAAGUGAAGAUUACCUUCGUCAGAGGAAAAUGAAUUAAAGGAAAGUGGAUGUUUUUUCAGUGAAACAAUGGGAAUAAGGUCCCUUGGAUGUAACUGGCCUCUCUAGUAUCCAAAUGAGUGGCCUUCACUUCGGUAAAUGUGCAUUUGUACGAGUGGCUCCUGAGGUAGCAACACUAGGAGGUUCGGCCUUGCAUGCUGGGAUUGCCUUCUCUCCUACAUCUCUCUAUUGUGAUGUCAUCUGUGUGGUAUCCAAUUAGAAUACGCCUGUCACUGUUGAAUGGAAGUUGUCAGACCCAGUCCUGUGGAUGGCUUGUUCAGCAGCAGGAGCCCUAUUUCUCCCGCAUACCCCUGCAGGGAAUGUUAGCGGUUGAGCUCUCCUGUUAAACCAUAGACUCAUAGUCUGGCCUCUUUGAGCUCUCCUGUUAAACCGUAGACUCAUAGUCUGGCCUCUUUUGCCUUUUCCCGUUGAGGCAAGCCACUUGACCAAGGCUAGAAGAAAUGUGUGACCGUAGUGACGAUCACCAGGCAGCAAGUUACCAAAGGAACAAGAAAAUAGAUAAUUAUCCAUUUUGAGCUGGUGAAGUUAAAAGCAGUCAUUGUACUUUGAGUGGACUGGCUCGUGACACUCAAGCAAUACACCAUAAAGCAGGUGAAGACGUUGGGUCCUUCUUGAAGACAAAGCCAGAUGAAAUCUAAGGCUUGUGUUCUCCCAUCCAGUAUUAUCCUGUAUUUGGUCACCCCAACAGCCCCUCACUCCAUAUCACAUGAUGUUGUUUUUGAAAAAUAUAAGUUCCUUUGACUGAUUCUCAUUCCAAGCUAUUAAUUCCACUACUAUGGGUUAUUAUUACAAUAAUUAUUACUACUACUACUACUACUACUACUACUACUACUUCAAACUACUACUACAAGUUACUACUGUUACUUAUUACUGCAGUUAUUACUACUGUUCAUUUUCAGGUAUGUGUCUGUAAUGCCAGACUUUUCCACAAUGUUAGCGUGAUGUGGAGCAUUUUCAUUACAGAUAGAAUAACAUUUGUUGACUUGUGUAUCUAUAUGAAAUGCUAAAAAAAACGGAAAAAAAAAACAAUAAAAUAUAAUUUAAAAGAAAAAUUGAGAAUCCUUAGGAGCUGUUAUUUAUUUCUUUGUGAUCAUAAUAAAACUGGUACGUUCCAUGAAAUUUA